AUGCAGCAAAAGUUGGAAUCCGGCCAUGGACCAGCCAUCGUCGCUAUUUUCUCGCCAGAUGGCUCCCCGCAAGAGAAAGACACCACCCAGGCGACCAAGUGGAUCCAGAGCACCCACAAGAUCCUUGGUCUGCAGCAAUGGAUGAGCACCACACCAAGUCCCAAGAUCCUUGGGUUGGCUUCCUUCCUGCAAUACAUUCGCCAUGUGUUCGAUGGAGACAUGCUGGAGAAACAGCUGUACUUCAGCCUGACCCGGCGACGGCGAUUCAAGCGACUCGAUCUCCACAGCAAGCGACAGCGCACCGUCCACGAGAUGUGCAAGCAAGUCAUCGACCAGGCACCGAAGGAGACCGAAGUGGUGAUUGCCUUUGGGAAUGCAUCCUGGAAACAGGGGAAGGGAUAUGCUUCCAGUCCCAGGAGACUCAGGUUUGCCAAGUACUUUGAGCAGUUCCACCACCACCAGAGACGCCCACCAGACCGAUCCGUCUCCAAGAUCUAUGUGUGCUCGGUGAACGAGUUCAACACGUCCCAGCCAGGAACAUGAUCUCGGUAUGCCAGUCGAUCAUCGCCACAGGAGAUCGACCG